AAGGGAGCGGGGUGUAGACUGGGUUAUUAUUAUUUUUUUACAAGCAAACCCUCAAACUCCUCACUUUCCCGGGGAACUUUCGGUGCCAGGACCCAGGGACGGGCGAUUGCGAGGCAGCCCCCAGCCAUCCCCCGCGCUGGAGCAGGGCAAUUGGGCAGCCAGUGGCAACCUCGCUCAUUCAUGAGAAUCACGUAAGAACUCAAAGAGAAACGUGUUUCUCGGAGUGAGGGCGUUUGCGUAAAUCUAUAGGUUUUUCAACACCGAUGCCAGUUGCUUUGUCUUCUGUAGUCGCCAAGGUGGUUGAGAGUUUAAGCUUGCGGAUAUUGCAAAGGGUUAUUAGAUUCAUAAGUCACACCAAGUGGUGGGCGAUCCACUGAGCAAAGCCGAACUUCUCACAUGAUGACUUCAAACAAGACACAUUACCUUCCAGCAUCUGUUGGGGAGACGGGAUUUUAAGACACUUGAGUCUCCAGGACAGCACAGGCACAAUGCUGGAGUUUAUCACCAGUACAUAAAAAACCUUGACCCUGCAAGGAUGGCCUGGAAUUACAAUCAGUUCCACCAGGUGAGAAGAGUGAUGACCAUCCUUUUCCUUACUAUGGUUAUUUCAUACUUCGGUUGCAUGAAGGCUGCCCCCAUGAAAGAAGCAAACAUCCGAGGACAAGGCAGCUUGGCCUACCCAGGAGUGCGGACCCAUGGGACUCUGGAGAGCGUGAAUGGGCCCCAGGCAGGUUCACGAGGCCUGACAUCAUUGGCUGACACUUUUGAACAUGUGAUAGAAGAGCUGCUGGAUGAGGACCAGAAAGUUCGGCCCCACGAAGAAAACAAUAAGGACGCGGACUUGUACACUUCCCGAGUGAUGCUCAGUAGUCAAGUGCCUUUGGAGCCUCCUCUUCUCUUUCUGCUGGAGGAAUACAAAAAUUACCUGGAUGCUGCAAACAUGUCGAUGAGGGUCCGGCGCCACUCUGACCCUGCCCGCCGUGGGGAGCUGAGCGUGUGCGACAGCAUUAGCGAGUGGGUGACGGCGGCAGAUAAAAAGACUGCAGUGGACAUGUCGGGCGGGACAGUCACUGUCCUUGAAAAAGUCCCUGUAUCAAAAGGCCAACUGAAGCAGUACUUCUAUGAGACCAAGUGCAAUCCCAUGGGUUACACGAAGGAGGGCUGCAGGGGCAUAGACAAAAGGCAUUGGAAUUCCCAGUGCCGAACUACCCAGUCGUACGUGCGGGCCCUUACCAUGGAUAGCAAAAAGAGAAUUGGCUGGCGAUUCAUAAGGAUAGACACUUCCUGUGUAUGUACAUUGACCAUUAAAAGGGGAAGAUAGUGGAUUUAUGUUGUAUAGAUUAUAUUGAGAUAAAAAUUAUCUAUUUGUAUAUAUACAUAACAGGGUAAAUUAUUCAGUUAAGAAAAAAUAAUUUUAUGAACUGCAUGUAUAAAUGAAGUUUAUACAGUACAGUGGUUCUACAAUCUAUUUAUUGGACAUAUCCAUGACCAGAAGGGAAACAGUCAUUUUGCGCACAACUUUAAAAAAAAAAGUCUGCAUUACAUUCCUCGAUAAUGUUGUGGUUUGUUGCCGUUGCCAAGAAUUGAAAACGUAAAAAGUUUAAAAAAUAAUAAUAAUAAUAAAUUGCAUGCUGCUUUAAUUGUGAAUUGAUAAUAAACUGUCCUCUUUCAGAAAACAGACAAAAAAAAAAACCAACAAAAAUUUGAACCAAAACAUUCCGUUUACAUUUUAGACA